AUGUUCCAUGUCAACAGUUCCUUCCUUCCUUCCUUAUUUUCUUCCCCAACAGAUCUGAGGACCGAAAUCGCUAUCGUCUUGGAUGGAUCCGGAAGCAUUGAGCCUGAAGACUUCCAGCAAGCGAAGGACUUUGUCUAUAACAUGAUGAAAACCUUCUACGAGAAGUGCUCCGAGUGCGUCUUCGCCUUGGUUCAAUACGGACUCAUCAUCCAGACAGAAUUUGACCUGCGGGACAGCAGAGACGUUCACUCCGCCCUGGGAAAAGUUCAGGCCAUGAGGCAGGUGCGCAACGUGACUCGGACAGCGUCGGCCAUUCAACACGUCUUAGACAGCAUCUUUAGCCCAAGCCACGGGUCCCAGAAGAACGCCGCCAAAAUCAUGGUGGUGCUGACAGAUGGCGAGAUGUUCCUGGACACACUGAAAUUAGAAACGGUGAUUCAUUCGGACAGAAUGACGGGCAUUGAGCGCUACGCCAUUGGGGUCGGGGCGGCGUUCAACAAGACCAGCGCUCUGCAGGAGCUGCGCUUGAUUGCCUCCGACCCGCACGAAAGGCAUCUCUUCCGAGUGGCGAACUAUUCUGCCCUAAGCGUGCUGCUGUCCACGCUGCAGGAGAAAAUUAUCGGCCUGGAAGGGACAGCGGGCGACAUGUUGGAAUUUGAACUGGCCCAAAGCGGCUUCAGCGUCCGUUUUCUGGAUGAGCACCACAUACUUUUUGGGGCUGUGGGGUCCUUUGACUGGGCAGGAGGGGUCCUUCUCUACGACACGGCAAGCACGGCGGCCGUUUUCCUGAAUGAGACAGAAGAAGCGGCGAGUGGGAGAAACGGCUAUUUAGGCUACAGCGUGGAUGCGAUCCGCACACGGCAUGGCGCGUGGAUUGUGGCCGGAGCGCCUCGACACAGCAUGACCGGGAAAGUCCUGGUGUUUGACAGCGAGCAGGGGUGCCUGAAGCAAACUCUGCAAGGGGAACAGAUUGGGUCCUAUUAUGGUUCUGAAAUCUGCCCGCUGGACAUAAACCAGGACGGACUGACCGAUCACCUCUUGGUCGGAGCCCCGUUUUUCCACAUCGAUGGAGAGGAAGGGAAGGUGUACCUGUAUAGGUGGGAUCAAGAGACAGUCUGUUUCUCUUUGAAAAGACACUUGCAUGGCCACCCGGCAUCCGUCUUUGCCAGGUUUGGAUUUGCCGUGGCUGCCAUCGGAGAUGUUAACCAGGACGGUUUUGGGGACGUGGCCAUCGGGGCUCCGCUUGAAGGGCAGGAAUCCAACCCCAGUUCUUGUGGCAGCGUUUAUAUCUUUAACGGUGAUCCCGAUGGGAUCCGGGGUCCCUUCUCGCAGAGGAUCAUGGCCGCUCAGAUGCACCCCUCAGGACUUGUCUAUUUCGGAAGGUCCUUGGCCGGAGGGUCGGACUUCACUGGAGAUGGACUCCCAGAUGUUGUUGUCGGAUCCUUAGGCAACGUGACCUUACUCCGUUCUAGGCCGGUCAUUCGAUUGGAAUCCACCAUGGAAUUUAGCCCUGCGAAAAUAUCCAAUUUCCAAAACAGUAGCAUCAUCAAGGCCAAACUGUGCUUCCACAGAAUGAACCCCCAAGAAUCCUCACAGCCAGGUCUGCACCGCUUCUUCAUCCGCUAUGUGGUGGACGUAGAUAUCAAGAUGGAAAGGAAGAGGGCCGAGUUUGAAGAUAUUAUAGCCGCCGGCGGGGAGGUGCUGUACGCCAGGAAUCCUUGCGCCGAACUGCAACUCACCAUCUUGCCUUGCAAUGAGGAUUGCUUUUCCAGCAUCCUACUGAGAGUCAGCUACCAGCUUCGUGACCCAAGAGCUGACCUGACCCAUCCGGUCCCUGUGCUUGAUGUAUACCAGGAAUCUGAGAGGUGUUUCCAGCUGCCUUAUGCAGAUGACUGUGAGAACAAGACCGUCUGCGUGCCGCGCUUGAAGUUAACCGUUCAGACAGAGAAAGAGCUGGUGGUUGGCGUCACCAAAGAGCUCUCCAUGAGGAUCCACCUGGAAAACACAGGUGAUAACUCACACAGAACAACGUUGCUUCUGGAAUUCCCUGCAAAUCUCCACUUCAAUACGGUUCAAGAGUCUUUGCAGGUUUCCUCUCCGCGAGUUGAGUGCAGUGACUCUCAGAGGGUCCCACUUGUAUCCUCAUCUCUGACCUGCAAGAUCGGGCACCCGGUGUUCAAGACCUCCGCCGCCAAUUUUUCAGUGAUCUGGCAGCUUGAUGGGAAGAAAUUCCCCAACAAUUUGGCAAACAUCACCCUGACCAUCACCGCCGCCAACAGGAACAGCCCCGUCCUGAAAGAGGAACGCAUCCUGCGUGUGAAAUACACCUUGAGCUACACCCUCAGCAGUGCCCUUCCUGUCAUAUACGUAAGUGCCCGCGAUGGGCUCUCCCAGGACACCCACCUCACAUUUCACAUCAAUGGGAAAAACCGAUUUGGCGCCCAGCUUCAGCUGCAGAUUUGGGUCCCUGUCUUCCUAGAUGGCUACCAGCUUGCCGGCAUCAAGACCGUGAUGGGAACACAGGUACCUCUUUUCCAGCUUCCCUUUUGCAAUGAGUUUAAAAGAAAAAAAAACCCAAAACAACUCCAAACCCAAACAUGA